CCGUGGCUUUGCAGCAGACAGAGGGAGAAGGCAGGCAGGCAGCAUCAUGGCGGACAGAGACAGUGGUAGUGAACAAGGAGGAGCAGCAACGGGCCCAGGCUUCGGUUCCAUGCAGCCCGCGACAGGAGGGGCGGGCUCGGCUUCCGGGCUCCAGCACGAGACGCAGGAGCUGGCGUCGAAGCGGGUUGACAUCCAGAACAAACGCUUCUAUUUGGACGUCAAGCAGAACGCGAAAGGCCGCUUCUUGAAGAUAGCAGAAGUCGGGGCCGGUGGAAACAAGAGCCGCCUCACUCUCUCCAUGUCCGUGGCGGUCGAGUUCCGUGACUAUUUGGGGGACUUCAUCGAACAUUACGCCCAGCUGGGUCCGAGCAACCCGGCGCUGGUGCAAGACGAGCCCAGGCGAGCACUCAAGAGCGAGUUCUUGGUCCGAGAAAAUCGGAAAUACUACAUGGAUCUGAAAGAGAAUCAGAGGGGACGGUUUCUGAGGAUCCGACAGACCGUUAACCGGGGGCCCGGUUUGGGAUCCACGCAAGGCCAGACGAUCGCUUUGCCUGCCCAGGGACUUAUUGAGUUUCGUGACGCUUUGGCUAAACUUAUUGACGAUUACGGUGUAGAGGACGAACCUGCGGAGUUGCCCGAAGGGUCAUCAUUGACUGUGGACAACAAACGGUUUUUCUUCGACGUCGGAUCCAAUAAGUAUGGGGUGUUCAUGAGGGUGAGCGAGGUGAAGCCAACCUACCGCAACUCGAUCACGGUGCCAUACAAAGUGUGGUCCAAAUUUGGGAAUACGUUCUCUAAAUAUGCCGAGGAGAUGAAGAAGAUCCAGGAGAAACAGCGAGAGAAAAGGGCAUGCGAGCUGCAGCAACAAGAGGAGAUGCAGGCGGACGAUGGAGAGGAGGAUUGAUUAUAGAUGGCAAAACAAAACAAAAACAUGCAAGAGUAAUGAAAAUAACAAGAGAAAUAUAAUUAAAAACUCUACUGUACAAAGAAAGAAAUCUAAAGAUUUAACUGUAAUGGUUUAACUCCAAGGGAGCAUCACCCACAAUAUAAGAAACCUCCACAACCUGACAGUUAUGACAUGUUGUCACCCAUCGCUGGAUGUUACCCCACUUAUCCACCAUUAAUACAGUAACAGGCUGCUAAACAAAGUAAUAACAUUAUAUUUGAACAUUGUUUCCUACUUGACAAACAAUAUUGAACUUAAGUGUUUAUUUCCCUUAUUAACUGAAAACUUUUGUACCAGUUAAAGCUAUUGUAAAAAAAAAAGACAAAAAGUGUCUGCAAUGUUCAAAUGGAAUUAUUGCAGAGUACCGAGGAAAAGCGUUUCCUUCAUGUGAGCUAAUGACUUCAGCACAAAUCAGAUUAUUUUAAUUCUCAAAACCAAAAUUCAAAAACUUUAAUAGGGUUGUCACGUGUACUUGCCAUCCUAUUUACCUUUAUCUGCGAGUAGAGAUGUGUUUACACAUAAAUCAUGAGGGCUAGGCCCGCUUCAAAAAAACUGGUUAGAUGUCAUGCAGUAUAAAAGGACCAUAUAGGCAUUGUCAUCAAAUGAAAUAAGUGCUCUAUUUGUUGUGCAAUAUGCAUUGCAUAAAAAUCAAAUAUAUUGAACUGGUCAACGGUUCUUGAUGACGUUUGCCAGAGGCAUUCAAAGAAAUAUUAAUAUUGUAAUUUUGUUUCAGUUAAAAUUGUUACCAUGCGGAUGGAUAUAUAAUAGACUACCUUUGUGUCUCGUUGUUAAUGCAAUGUGUUCAUUUAAAAAAGGUACUAAAUGUGUAAUCGAUAGAGGAAAUGCAGUGACAACAAGUAGCAAAUGGCCUGAAUUGCAGAUUACUUAACCAGAAAACACCCUACAUACUGUGCUGAUUGGCUUAGUGGUCUUGUUCAGUCAUAAAAGUCCAAAUGGUGCCAAGGAGUGCUGUUGCUGCAUGUUAAUCUGCACUAAGAUAGAUUUCGUUGGUUUCCCAAAAUAUUGGCUUAAGGACUCUUCCAUAUGUAUCUUUAUCUGCCGGUAGUGUAGGAAUCUCAAGUUUGAGUACUGAGUGAUUUCCAUCCAAAGGCUUGGUGUAGUUGUAGUGGAAGUUGUUUCAAAGCGCGAUCGUAAAAAAGGAGUGACCUUGCAAACAGUAAUCAAAAUAUUACCAUCACAUUAUGAGGAGGGAGCACUGAAUGUGCCAAGGCAAAGAAGAGGGUUCAAUUCCCCCACUGGUCCAUCCCUACAAGUUUAAGACCUGAAGGUGUGAAGUUCAGUGGGGCUACUUUGGACACGCAUUCAUAGUUCCACUUUAGAUUUGUAAGCCCAUUUAACUACCCGGGGCAGGGGAUGGGAUUCUGUUUUGGUCUAAUUGUAAAUAUUUGGGCUGCCACACGGAAAACAACUGGUUCCAAACCAGUUCAGUCGCAUCUCAUAGAUGUGUGAUAGCAGUUUUAUAAACUCUGUCAGUAAACUCCAGAGAAACUGGCAACAAUCAGAUAAUGUCAGAUUUUACCUCAGCAUUGAAUUAAAUGAUUGCUCCCGUGUUUAUAUUGACUGGAAACCAGCAGAGACAGUCCUGGACCACCUAUUGUUGGAGCCUCUGGUAUAGAACUGAAUGAUACCUGAUUGGGAGCAUCCUCUUCAGCAUAUAAACAACCUGGUGCCUUACACACUCUGCAUGCUUACACGCUGGCCUGGUGCUUUGGAUCGCAGUUUGGCUUCUUUUUUUGUUACGUUUCCCCUCUCUCUUUCUUCCACUUUUUUUGUGUCUCGGCUCCCUUGUGUGCUAGCUCACGACUCGUGGUGCUAAAUAGGGUUUGUUACAAACCCGUAAGAAAAAAAUUGGGAUCAGAAUUCUUAACUUUCUUUUCUUUUCUUCCCGUGACCUUCCUUCUCCCCUAACCUCAUAGCCAUCCCCAUUCUCCAGCCAUCCAGGUAUCGGCCUACAUGUAAACAUGGAAGGGGGUGGUCACCUAGCUGCAAGAUGAUACAGAGGACUUGGCUCUUCACUAGCUAAGCGCGUUAGCGGGGAGAGCAGGGGCUGAUUGGGAACAUCAGCAGUAGCCUGAAAUAAUAUCAAUUAUUGUUGACAAGCCACCUUUGAAAUGCUCGUUCUAAGGCUUGGGUAGGGUUGUGUGUGAGUUGUAAGUCGCUCAAUUAAUGGGGAGCAGCAAGCAUGUCUUGUUUUCUUUUCUUUUUUCUUUUUCGUAGUUUUACCUUUUCAGCGUUAUUCCACGUUAUUUGUAAUUUUGGAAUGUUUUCGCCCACAAAAAAUAUAUCUAUUUUUUCUGUGCAACAUUUCAUCACUGUGUGCAAUAUCGUAUGUGCCAAUGGUGGCAAUAUAUGUAUAUCAAUUAAAUAUAUGAUUACUAUUUGAAAGCA